GGAGUAAACAGCUCAGGUUGAUCUUAUCGGGCUCUGCCCGCGCCGUGCCGCCAGGUGCCCGCAGAGCAGAGCAGGGCCAGAGCUUCGUGGGGUGCUGCAGGGACGGUGCCCGCCCUGCCCCACUGCACGGUGCCACGCGGGGCUGCUGGGCACGGCCCCCUCGCUCCUGAAUCAGCAGUGACUCACCACAGCUUGGAAGGGAGUGCAAAGUAGGCAUUUGCAAAUGGGCUCGUGAGGCACUGCCUUGCCAUGUAGGUGGGAUGCGGUACAGGCUCCAGCAGCCGAGCUCUGCUCUGAUUCCUCCUCCCCUCCGUGCAGGGUGCCCGCCUCAGCCCGGCGCCUCUGUCUCUGCCAUGCGGACGUCUCCAGCACAGCCGUGACGGCAGCUCGGUGCUGACGAUGGACGACCUGGCUCUGCUCGACCUGCUGGAGUGCCCGGUGUGCUUUGAAAAGCUUGACGCCACAGCCAAGGUGCUGCCGUGCCAGCACACGUUCUGCAAGCCCUGUCUGCAGAGGAUCCUCAAGUCCCAGAAGGAGCUCCGGUGCCCCGAGUGCAGGACACUCGUCCUCUGCGGCAUCGAGCAGCUGCCGGCCAACCUGCUGCUCAUCCGCCUGCUGGAUGGUGUUAGGUACGGGCAGAAUGCGCCCCGCUUUGGCUCCAUGCAGCGGUCAGGGUUCCUGUCCUCCCCCGCCUGCAUCCGCAGGGUCCCGCGGGGUCUGCAGCUCGCCCAGCACCGGCCGCCCGCCGCCCCCAGGAGCCUCAUGGACGGGGUGCCACGAGCCAAGGCGCUGUUCUCCUACCGGGGGCACAACCCCGGGGAGCUGAGGUUCAACAAGGGGGACGUCAUCGUGCUGCUCCGGCAGCUGGACGAGAACUGGUACCUGGGCGAGCUCAAUGGCGUCAGCGGCGUCUUCCCAGCCAGCUCCGUGCAGGUCAUCAAGCAGCUGCCCCUGCCGCCACCCCUCUGCAGAGCGCUUUACAACUUCGACCUGAGCAGCAGGGAUAAGAGUGAGAACAACGACUGCCUGUCAUUCCACAAGGGAGACAUCAUCACCGUCAUCAGCAGAGUCGAUGGCAACUGGGCCGAGGGCAAGCUGGGCGACAAAGUGGGCAUCUUCCCCGUGCUGUUUGUAGAGCCAAACACGACGGCACGGCAGCUCCUGCAGAGCAGCAAGGGCUCCUGGCCCACCCCGCUCCGCUGCGCACCGCUGAGCGUGGCCUCUCCCAAGGCGCAGGGCCGGGAGCUGCACAAGGCCCCCGACGCCCGGCGCAAGAGCCUGCGGCCCUUCUCCAUCACCACCGCCCUCAACACGCUGAACCGCAUGGUGCACGCGCCUGCUGACCGCCCGGCGCUGCGCAUCAGCUCCCCGGUGCUCAUCAGCUCCAGCAACCCCAGCGUGGCCGCUGCCGGCAGUGAGCAGGACGCGCCCCGCGGGACCCCCGCCCAGGUCAGUUCUUCCUACUAUCCCGCACCGGGAUCGCUGAGGCACUCUGCCGCCAUUGUCACUCUCCCCCACCUGCAGCAUCACCUCUCAGCCAACAUGUGCGUGGCUCUCCACCCCUAUGUGGCGCACGGCCCCGACGAGCUGGAGCUGCAGAAGGGCGAAGGGGUGCGUGUCCUGGGGAAGGACCACGACGGCUGGCUGCGGGGCGCCUCGCUGGCCACGGGCAGGGUCGGCAUCUUCCCCAGCAGCUACGUCGCUCCCCUCCUCAGGAGACCGAGCAUGCCCGACUCGAAGCUGCCGUCGCUGUACGCCUCCUGGACGCUGUCAGCCUCCUCGCUGUCCUCCCAGGGCAGCGCCUCAGAGAGCGGCCAACGCCAGAGCCGCGCGCUGAAGGCGGCACUGCCCGUGCCCGUGGGGCACGCAUCGCUGCGGCGCGGCCGCGGCUGCACCAGGAAGAAUGGGUCCCUGCAGAGGCCGGGGCAGGGAGGGCUGCAGACCACCAGCUCCCUCCACCGCGUGCCCACGGCCGGGCUGCAGCCGUACCCGCACGCUGGCACCUCGCCGCACAGCAGCCCUGCCCCUGCCCCAGCUGAGGUGGGCGCGAGGCCCGGUUUCUCCCACGAAGCCCCGCCAGCGCUCGUGGUCAGAGGAGGGGAAAGCAGGACGCCGUCUGUCUGCAGUUCGGUGAUCCUGGAUGCCAUGGACCCCCUGGCAAAGAGCGAGCCUGGGCCCCGGCCGCCUGCGUCAGCCCCCCCGUCCAUCCUGGUGAAGCCAGACACCUCCCGCAACAGCACUGACAAGGUGAAGACGGUGCGGUUCCAGAACCACAGCCCGCCGCCCAAGCGGCACAGCCUGCAGCCCUCCCCGCGCCUGCCCCGCAGCGGCUCCGAGGCAGUGCCCAUGGCCGAGCCCCCGCUGCCCGAGGGGAGCCCCGAGCCGCCCACGCUGCCCUCCCCGCGCCUGGGCACCAGCCCCCUGCACCCGCGCAGAGCGCUGCACCCGCGGGCGGCAUCGCUGGAGCUGUCAGCGCCGCUCACCUUCCCCGUCAGGAAGAGCUACAGCAGCGUCUCCGCCAACUGACAGGACAGGGCUCUGGCUCACGUGCUCGUUACUGGUGUUAAGACCACCGAUUCCCACCUGAGCCACAAUGAACAUCGGAUCCAGAACUGCCGUAAAAUCACGUCCAUCAUGAAUCACGUAGCAAACCUGCGGAGUUAGCUCUGUUGGUGACCCAAAUCUCACCACGGCCCCGGCGCAGCCCCAGCAAAGACGGAGGGACUGAUAACGUUGCCCAGCAGCCCACAGCCCUGCACGUUGGCUCUGUCGGACCCUUUUUCUUUGAGAAGCAGAAAGGGAUUUCCAGCAGCACUAAGUUCUUCGCCUGCUGUUCUCUAUUGCUAUUUGAGCUCCUGCAUCAAAUCCUCACAAAUGGAAAACAUGAGCUUUUCCUAGGUACGUGGGGCAGCGCAAGCAGCAAACAGGACAGCUCUCAGCAAUGCCCUCAGUGGCACGGCACAGCCCAGAGGAAAGACCAGCACUUGGCCAAAGAUUCCUCUCUUCCCCUUAAAAGUAAACCAGAAACCUCAGCGGCUCCACAGCCAGGAACAGCUGCCCCUCUCCCAGACACAUCCAGAGAGGCACAUUACACCCAGGGUCAUCCACAACAGCAAUUUAGCAUUGCUCUGGGAGAUGGGGGGCUGCCUGCGCGCAGCCAGCCCCUGGGAGCGUCCCAGUGUGCGCCCACGCAGGGAUCCCCCACCCUGGGAUCCACUGGCAGAGCGCCCAGUGCUUCCAGCAGUGAGCACUGGGAGAAGGCGCAGCGCUGAGCUGCAGCAAGGCUGAACGAGCCCUGAGAUCCCCGCACCUCUGCGCACACGGCAGCCACGCGCCGCCCCUACCGACCCCUGCUCAGAAUGUCACCAUUCCCCCCCGCCAAGACAAUCACAACGAGGCGGCACCGCACAGGGAGCCCUGCAGAGCUGUGCAGCCCACUGCGUGGUGCUGAGACGUAACACAGCACCACGGAGCAAUCCCAGCCCCAACCCGCUGUGUGAUGGCAGCCAGUGUGCAUCCAGCUGACGGGGAAAGAAAAGGCUCUGCCACCGCACGUGAACAGUCAUGGGCAGCGAUGGGGAGAGGCACUGGGCAUUAAGAGCAGGAGGUUAUUCUGGGACAGAUCCCGGUGUUCCUUGCACAGGAUAUUUCAUCGCUUUGAUGUUAUGGUGAUACAUUCCCUCAAUUUAUCCAAAACGUGGAGGGAGAGACAACUGAAAACAGGCAACCACUUAAAGCAACAGCUCUAAUUAGUGCCGCCACCGAGCUGCUCCCAACCUCACGCACCUUCCACCGCUUCCAAACUGCAGGGAAGGGUGAACCCAGCUCCUCGCUCCUCACCUGGGCUGCAUGCUGCACUGAGCAGCACUGCAGGAAGAAGGCUCACAUGGGUGGAGGACCUGCCUCCCAGCCCCGGGAGGAAGAACCCCCUGCAAGAGCUGCAGGAGCAGUGCCAGGGGCUGGGGCUGCCAGCAGCGAUGCCCCCAAGGCCCUGGAACCUGCUUCCAAGUGAUUUAUUUCCCGACCUGGUCCUGUUUAGUUUUCCUUAAGCCACCAGGCAGCGCCCAGAAAGGCAAAAACCCAGCCCCAGAGCAGCCCAGGAACAAGCAAGUUCACAUGUACAUUUAUCAGUAUUUUAGAGGGCUUACUCAUUGCAGAAUGGCUCUUGAGGUUCAUUUGUGCAAAAUACAUAUAUCACACAUAAUUGCAGCUACAUAGACUUUAGGUUUUCCUUUUCCUUUUUUUUUUUUCUUUUCUUCUUUUCUCCUCCCUCCCCACUCACCCCAUGUCUCAGUAUUUCCCUGUUUAAGAGGCCGCAUUCCAGAGCAGCCAGCACUCGGCCCAGCUGUGCAGGCAGACCCAGGCCCCCACCCAGCACUCCCACGGGGCCACACACCAUGAAGAGGUGGACACAGGACCCACUUGUACCCAACCUCUGACAUAAAUGCUUUCUGAAGACACCAAGGAUCAAUGGACAGUAAUUUACCUUGGUCAUCAGGCCAUGAAUUUUGACAUCUUCUUUCCGCGCUGAGCCCAGCAAACAUUGCAGUGAAGUGUUACAGCCUUAUUACUGUAAACGAGAGAGCAGCAAGGACUAUUUUACAUAUGUAUGUUUAGAAACAGGUAUAUAUAAUCUUUUCUUAUUUGGUGACGGGCAGGAAGAGCAAACAGAACGCUGACAUUUACUUUACGGUUGGGAGACGCUUGUACAAAUUCAGCGAUGCUCAAUAUUUUUUCCAUGAUGUGAAAUUCAUUUUUUAAAAAGGCUUUUUCAAUUUAACGUACUAUUAAGGCGAAGAAAGAACUCAAUAAACAAAAAGGUAUUCGUUUCCUGGUU